UAUAUAUGCGAUGACAAAUUAGUGCUAUUAAAUGAACCUGAUCACUCGAAUAACAUACAUUUUUUUCUCAAGAGGUGGAUAAAAAAUGAACCUGUUGUGGUAUGUGGCAUUCAUCAUAAAACGAAUUCAAAAUUUUGGAAUCCUCAGUACUUUAUCAAAAAUUUUGCUCAAUCUACGUGUGAAGUUAUAAAUUGUAGAACUGGAGCGGUAAUGAAAAACUUUCCUAAAGACAAAUUUUGGCUAGGAUUUGAUAAUUAUAAAGAAAGGACAAAAUUUAGGAAUGAAAGUACAGAAAUAUUAAAGCUAAAAGACUGGCCGCCAGCUGCAGAUUUUCGUGAAGUCUUUCCUGAUGGAUAUGAUGAUAUCAUGUCGGCCUUUCCAUUUCCCGAACUUACUUCACGUGAUGGCUCCUUAAACUUAGCGGCUCACCUACCACCAAACUGUGUUAAACCAGAUUUAGGUCCGAAAAUGUACAAUGCAUAUGGUGAGGGCAGGCUGGGUAGUGCUGCAUAUCCUAAUUCUGGUACGACGAAUCUUCACAUCGAUAUAUCGGAUGCAAUUAAUACGAUGAUACUCGUAUCUGAAUUGAAUGUAUUCUUGUUUUACUAUCUUGCAGUUACUUUAAACGAUCUAGAUUAUGAAGAUUGCGACGAAUCUCAAAUUAAGAGAGUUACGAAAAAUGGUGAAAUGCCCGGCGCGAUUUGGCAUAUCUAUAGUCCUGAUGAUGUCGAUAAAAUUCGAUUAUUUUUAAGAGAGCAUUGUGAUAAAAAACAGACUAUUCAUUCGGAUCCCAUUCAUGACCAGAGCUUCUACAUUACGCCAAGUCUAAGAAAAAUCCUCCAUGAAAGAUAUGAGGUAAAAGGCUGGGCUAUUUUACAAUGUCAAGGUGAUGCCAUCAUUAUUCCAGCCGGUGCUCCCCAUCAGGUUAAAAAUUUAAAUAACUGUAUAAAAAUAGCGGAAGACUUUAUCUCACCUGAACAUAUUAAUCAAUGCUUGAAAUUAACUGAAGAAUUUCGAAAAUUGUCUGAUUUCCACAGUAACCAUGAAGAUAAGUUACAGAUUAAAAACAUUUUGUACCAUACUGUAAAAAAUGCUUUGUCUACUUGA